AUGUCUGCUAAGCAAGAUUAUCUAUCUUCUCACUUUGAACAAAGUCGGGCGGAUGUAGUUGAAUAUGCUGGAUGGAUUGAACAGAAAUAUGCGCGCCCUGCGCUUCAGAAGGUGCAGUCAUCCUACCAAAGGCACCCUUUCUUAUCCGUUUUCGCUGCCGUCUUCAUACUGUUGAGUCUUUUACCGGUCGCGAUAUACAUGCAAGUCACAUUACGGUCUCUGUCUGUUCACCCUGACUCUACUUCUGCUGUUGGGUCUGUGCGUUGUGGUUCUUGUGUCCAUUACAAUUGCGUUGGCGUUAGGCUUUAUCCUCUCAUUAAUUCUCUUAACCAAUCUCUUGCUAUCGUCUUCGCAGGCUACACGGAUGGUUUUGACAGUGCUCGUCUACAAAUUCUGGAAUCCUUUCAUGCGCUUUUCUCUCGUGUUCAAACAAUGAUGAAUCAAAAACCCCCAAAAAAUAACGCUCCGGCCGCCGGUGAAGGAAACGUCGACAUAUCACGCUCUACCAGCCCAAAUUCUACUGUGACUGAUAAUCCAGAGGCCAACAGUGCCGUGCCUAACAUUGAAGAUUACUCGACGGAAAUGAAGCUUGAAAAGGAGUAUUGA